ACCCCUCCAUCUCUCUUUCCCUGCACGUUAAGAAAACUCGCCUGCAGCACAUCUUUUCUCCAACGCAUCAAGACAUUCCGUCUGUUUAAUAUACUUUCAUGGCACCUGUCUUCUUCACCUCGACUCCACCAGUAGUCCACGGCAACACCAUCAUCGUCGCAGCUACGCAUCCAAGCAUCGAGACUGGCGCUCAGAAUCGCGAUGGAUCGUUUCUCUCUGACUUCUACGCGUUCAACUAUCUUUUCAAAGGCCUUGGGCUGGAGCAGACCUGGCUUACAGCUGCAGUAUGCCAUAUUGAAAACGUAUAGAGUUUGACUGACAGAUGGAAUACUGCCUAGGCCCCCGAAACGUUGCUAGAGAAGCACGAACCCUACUAUUACAGCAACCCAUACGAG